AUGGCUCACACGGAGAAUUAUGAAUACCCACCUAUUCCAUCACAACAAGAAUUAGAUGAUAGCAAUGUUCCCUUCUUUCAUAGGGACAAAUGCGCAGCUCAUUUAAUCAAUUAUUAUAAAUGUCUUGAUAAAGGUACUUCCUUCUGUAAUAAAACCAAAGAUGAGUUUUACAAAUGUCAAUAUUUAGCAUUAAAGGAGAGAUUAGAUAACCACACUAAACAAACCCAUUAA